UAGUGCCUAGCACAGCAGAGGGUACUGCAAUAAAAUAUAACAUGCAUUUGUUAAAGGUCUCUGUAUGUGCAAGUCACAGUGCUACACACUGAUGAUAAAAAUAAGAUGUAAUUUCUAGUCUGCCUUCAAAGAAUUUAUGGGGGAUAGGACAAGUACAGGGAUUAUUUAAUUUUUAUCUUUGCAUCCUCAGCAGCUAGUACGGUGACUGGAACGUAGCUAGUGCAUAAUAAACGUUUGAUGAUUGCUUGCAGAAAUAACUAAGACAAGAAUAGUGGUGGUGGUAAUGACAGCAGCUAGCAUUCGUAGCUUGAAAGUUUGCAAAACCCUUUACAUGUUAUAUCAAUAACACACCUGUAAGAGAGGCGCUGCUGUUAGCUUCGUUUUACAGAUGAGGAAAAUGAGGUGAAUGAAAUUAAGCGGUUUGCUCAGGUUCGAACUCUGGUUUUCCAGACCCCCCAAGUUCAGUCUUCCGCCCCUAGCUCCACAAGAGGAGGAAGGACAUUAAAUGCAAAGGAGAAGUAGCACGUAGUGACUAGUGCUUCAAUGAGGGUAAAUCACUCGCUCCUCCAGAAGUUUGACCAGACCCCAGAAGUGCCUAAACCAAGCUGGAAGAAAGCUGCCCUCGGGCCUUUUAAACACUAAAUAUCACGUGCACGAGAUGAUGGCGGCUGAUUGGGCAAUAGUGGCCCCGCCCCCUCCAGAGUCUUAGGCAAUUGGUCGAGAAACUUCAAAGUUGGGUUCCAGGGCGCGGGAGCCUUCAGCGAUGGCGGCGGCUGUGGCGGCCGUCCUGGCCUGCCUGCUCGUGAGCGGGGCGGGGGCCGACAUGGCGGGCGACGAGGUCCGCGAGGCAGCGGCCGUGCGGGGUUUGCUGUCGCGCCUGCUGGGGCCCCGGGCGGCCGCGGGGUUCUCGGUGUCGGUCGAGCGCUCCCUGGCGCCGACCCCGGGCGCAGACACCUUCCGCCUCAGCGGCGGCGGCGGCGGCCGAAGCCCCGUGCAGGUGGCCGGCUCCAGCGGCGUGUCGGCCGCGGCCGGGCUGCACCGCUACUUGCGCGACUUCUGCGGCUGCCACGUGGCCUGGUCGGGCGCGCAGCUCCGCCUGCCCGAGCCGCUGCCCGCGGUGCCCGAGCCGCUCACCGAGACCACGCCCAACAGGUACCGCUAUUACCAGAACGUCUGCACGCAGAGCUACUCCUUCGUCUGGUGGGGCUGGGAGCGCUGGGAGCGAGAGAUCGACUGGAUGGCUCUGAACGGGAUCAACCUGGCGCUGGCCGCCGUCGGGCAGGAGGCCGUCUGGCGGAGGGUGUACUUGACUUUGGGCCUGAAUGAGACAGAGAUAGAUGAGUACUUCACUGGCCCAGCCUUCCUGGCAUGGGGGCGAAUGGGCAACCUGCACACCUGGGGUGGCCCCCUACCUUCCUCCUGGCACCUUAAGCAAUCUUACCUGCAGUACCGGAUUCUGGAGAGAAUGAGAUCUUUUGGGAUGAAGCCAGUGCUUCCUGCAUUUGCUGGACAUGUCCCUAAGGCAUUUACUAGGGUGUUCCCUCAGGCCAGUGUCACCAGUCUGGGCAUGUGGGGCCACUUCAACUGCACCUACUCCUGCUCCUACCUCUUGGCCCCAGAAGACCCCUUGUUUGCAGUGGUUGGGAGCCUCUUCCUGAGGGAGCUGACUCAGGAGUUUGGCACUGACCACAUCUAUAGUGCUGAUACCUUCAAUGAAAUGGAGCCCCCUUCCUCUGAGCCAGCCUACCUGGCUGCUGCCACAGCUGCAGUCUAUGAGGCCAUGAUUGCAGUGGAUGUUGAUGCUGUGUGGCUUCUGCAGGGCUGGCUUUUUCAACACCAGCCAAACUUCUGGAAACCCCCCCAGGUGAAGGCUGUGCUGAUGGCUGUGCCCCCUGGCCGCCUUCUCAUCCUGGACCUCUAUGCUGAGUCCCAGCCUGUCUACUCCCGCACUGACUCCUUCUAUGGUCAGCCAUUCAUCUGGUGCAUGCUGCACAAUUUUGGGGGAAACCAUGGGCUUUUUGGGGCAUUGGAUGCCGUGAACAGGGGCCCUUCGAAUGCCCGUCUCUUUCCCAAUUCCACCUUUGUGGGUACAGGCAUGGUCCCAGAAGGUAUCAACCAGAAUGAAGUAGUUUAUGCCUUGAUGGCUGAGCUGGGCUGGCGGAAGGACCCCUUGCCUGACCUAGGGGCUUGGGUAGCAGGCUUUGCAGCUCAGCGGUAUGGGACUCCCCACUCCCAUGCAGAAGCUGCCUGGAGGCUGCUGCUACAAAGUGUCUACAAUUGUUCUGGUGAUUUGUGCACUGGCCACAACCACAGCCCCCUGGUGAGACGACCAUCCCUUCGCCUGGACUUCUCUGUCUGGUAUAACCGGAGUGAUGUGUUUGAGGCCUGGAGGUUGCUGCUGGAAGCAGCCCCAGAGCUGGCAGCCAGCCCUGCCUACCGUUAUGACCUUCUGGAUGUCACAAGGCAGGUGGCCCAGGAGUUGGUGAGCCUGUACUAUGGGGAGCUCAGGACAGCCUUUGAGGCAGGAGCAAUGCCGGCCGUGCUCAUUGCUGGUGGCCUGCUGGUCUUUGACCUACUGCCCUCCCUGGAUGAGCUGCUGGCCAGUGAUGAGAGGUUCCUUCUAGGGGGCUGGCUGGAGCAGGCCCGGGAGAUGGCAGUCAGUGAGGCUGAGGCCUGGCAUUAUGAGCGGAAUGCCCUCUACCAGGUGACUCUGUGGGGCCCACAGGGAACAUCUGACUAUGCCAACAAGCAGCUGGCAGGAUUGGUGGCUGGCUACUAUGCUCCCCGAUGGAAGCUCUUUGUGGAGAUGCUGGUGAAGAGCCUGGCCGAGGGCACCCCUUUCCACCAGAGCCAGUUUGAGAAUGAAGCCUUGCUGUUGGGCCAGAACUUUGUACUGGGGAGGGAGAAGUUCCCCACCCAACCUCAGGGUGACACUGUGGACUUAGCCAAGAAAUUUUUCCUUAAGUAUUACCCAAGGUAUCAAGCAGGAGCUGUGUGACUCAGCCCCUCACCUGAACCACCUGGGACCUCCAGUAGUUCUUUGUACUUUUAAGCUCCCUCCUAGGAUUCCAAGUCUUAUCAGUGGCCUAACUUGGGACCCCUAGGAGGGCAUAGGUAUAGAACUAUGCCCAGUUUUUGGAGAUAGUCUCUCUCCCUUGCUUACAACUGGGCUGUGUCUGGUCCCUAGAGUCCGGAACUGGCCUAGGCUCACUGAAGACACCCUUUUAGCUGUGGUGAAGGUCUGGGAUGGAAAGUGGGUCCCGUGAAUUGAGAGUCAUGGGGGUGGGGGAGCUAUCCAUGAUAUUCUCUCUUCUACUCCAGAAAUGGACAUCAAACAGUUUGUUUUGGGGUUUUUUUUUGGUACUAGUUAAUAAAUGAGCAUGUCUGUUGAGGUGUGUCCUUGGAGGAGCCAGAGAGAGCAGCACUGAGUGUAGAUAGGACAGCAGUAUGUGUAUGACUGACAAAGUCUGCUUCCCCCUUCUCUCCAUUCACUGCCAAAGCCGCUAGACUGGGCUUCUGCCUCUGCCCCUUGCCUCAGCUUCUCUCCCCCAAUUUUCAGAGAAGGUGAGACUUUUCCUUGUGAUGCCUGCCAGGAGAUUAAGCUUGAAAAGAGAUGGGAGAAAGCAAAGAAAAGGUCAAUGAAGGCUCACCGGCCUUGAGAUAAUGAAGUAGUCACAACAAAGGAGGUGCCCUUGGGGCCCAAGGGCUGGGCCAGCAUCUUCAUCCUCUCCCUGGCUUUAGCUCUUUUGCUUCUCAGUUCCUUUCAGCCACCUCUUGCCUGUCUCAAAAUUUUAUCUUCCUGUCUUCCUCAUCUCUCUCCAUCUGCCCUGUCUCUGUGGAGUAGAAGGUAGUUCUCAUCACAUGCUGUUCCUCCAGAAUUGGUCUGCAUUUGGCAGUGUGCUUGCUGACUGAUCCUUCAGGCAGCUUCAAAGGUAGGAGAAGAGCAGAGGCCAAAGAUCAGCUGUGGAGGUGGGGGACAGGAGUCCCUGGUUGGAUCUGAGGAGGGAAGGAAAGAUUUGUCUCCUAAUUCCAAGUCAUCUACUCCACCGGAGGUCAUGUAGGAGACAAACCUGAGCACUGAUGAGGCGUGAGCAUCAGGGCUUCUGGCCUUUGGCUCAGCUUCCUCUUCUCUAUUGUUCUCUUCCCACCUCAAAAAGUUUGCACUUUAAUGCAGUUUGCUAGCUAGCAGGUUUGUGGUGGAGGGUAUGUGUGAGAAUCUAGUUGUUCUGCUGCCACCCUGCAGGGUCCAGUGAAUACCCAGGAGCAUCCCCUUCCAGUGAGGGAUAGCCCUGGGAGUCCUGUCCCACCUCUCUUUUAAGAUUAUAUGCUGCCCUCUCCUUUCUCCUUUGCUACCGAAUGAAAUGGUAGGAACAACUUUGCAUCUGCAGUCAGAGGCCUUGGGGUCAAAUUUGGAUUUUGCUACUUCCUAGCUAGGUGACAAUCUGGAUCCUCAGUUUUCUCAUGCAGAACAAGAAAGCUGGAUCUUUAAGUUCCCUUCCAGCCCAGAUGGUUCUAUGAGUUUUUAUGAUUUGUGGACUUUGCUUUGACUUCACCUAAUUCUGGAAUGGAAGAGGAAGAGCAAACUUCUAAGUUGAUUACGUAUAUGUGUAUAUAUUUUUUUGUCUCUACUACUAAAAAAAUGCUUAAAACAGAAGAGACUCAUAAGCUCAUAUUAAAUACUUAAAACUUGAAACAACCUAUGAUCUGCUAUACCUUUCAAAUAAAUGUACUUUAUGGGA